CACAAUAAAAUUUUUGUGGCAUUUUUUUUUGUCAUACUUACAUUUUAUAUGUGAAAAUUUGUAUGCAAAAAGAUAAUUAAAUACCGCUUUUCCACAUUUAAAUAAAAAAAUACAAAAUUAUAUUUGCAAAAAAGUGUAAAAAUUUCAAAUAUGGAGGACGAUGAGAGGCUAAAUUUAAAUUUGAAUGAAAUAUGGCGAGCUUGCCGCAAAAUUCAAGCAACGAUUUUCCGUUAUGGCUUUGACAUUUGCGCGGACUUCAUGGAGCACGACCCAAAUUGCACCGGCUUAAUAUCAAACUCACUUUUCACCAGCAUUUUGGGCAAGUAUAAAAAUGUGGUGGGCCUUUCGGAAUUCGAGCUGCGUGAGGUUACCGACUACUUUCGGCUGCGCGAUGGCCGUGUCGCCUACAAGCAAUUCUGCAAAGUGGUUUGUCAAGAACCUGCGUCAACCAACAAAAAGGAUUUGGCUACGGGGUUAGAAUGGAACGAUCCCAUGCAUAUUAAUGUUAUACCAAGGCCUGAAGAUAGACGUCGGUUGUGUUUGAUUCUUAUAAAAAUUGCCCAGUUUAGCAAUUUGCCCUUAUUUCCAUAUUUCCAAGACUAUGAAAUAGUUUCCCAAAACGUCGGUGUGGUGACCGUCGCACAUUUUUCACGGGUUCUACACUUCCUGAAGAUUCCCAUCUCAGAUGAUGAUUUUCUGCUUUUGCUGAAACGAUAUAUCAAGGAUUCGUAUACCGUGAACUAUGUAGCCUUCAUUAGGCAUAUACAAAAUAUUAUGGAUUAUUUAAAACAAAAUAAUCUAUUAGACAACGCCAUGCAAAUCAUUAAAGACUUCCCCGGUCGUCUGGUUGACCUCGAACUCUCCGAGUUGCCAGCAAUUAACGGCACAAAAAUGGCAUUCAAAGUAUUUCCCGAUCUUUGCAAUCAUCCGAAGGAGUACAAAGAUGUAUGCGAUCUCAUAUUUUGUAUACAAAACUUCGUACACAAGCGUCGUGUGCGAGUAAAGGAGUUCUUGGAGUGCUUCGAUCACCUGAGGACCGGCACAGUAACAAAAAAUCAGUUUGAGCGCGCCCUAGAUAAUGUUGGCGUGCGCAAGUAUCUCUCGCAGCGUGAUAUGAAUAUGUUGUUAACCCGCUAUUUAGACCCGGUCGAUACAAACCGCAUUAUGUGGCGGUUAUUUGAGGACGAAAUCGAUAAAGUUUUUACCAUCAAACAUCUGGAAAAAACGCCUCUACUGGAAGUGCAAUCGCCACCUGACUAUAUAAAGCAAAUGCCUAGGGAGGGUACUCUGGAUUGGGAUCACGCCGAGGAAGUUAUGCGCAAUUAUUGCGAGGAAGCAUUGCAGCGUAUCCAAAUGCGCAUACGGAACCGGCGCUUACAUCUGCAUCCAUUUUUCCGAAACUACGACAAGCUGAAUAGCGGCCAUGUCGGCUGUAAUCAAGCAAAUCAAGUUUUUCUCACUAACGGCAUUUUGCUCUCUAAUAAUGAGCUUAAUGCAUUGCUGGCGCGCUAUGGGAAUGAAUUGGGAUUCAAUUACACGAAAUUCCUGGAGCAUGCCGAUCCCGCUGAGUACGCAGUACCGAAGCUGAAACCCCAACCAGAAGCGCUGAAGACAGAAUGCCCUGCAGUCAGCAAGAGUGUCGGCGACAACUACAGCGAAGAAUACAUUAUCAAACUGCUGUCAAACAUUAAAAGACAAGCAAUCACGCGUAGCAUCAAUAUUAUUGACUUUCUGCAGGAUUACGAUCGACAUCGUGAGGGCGAUAUAUUGGAAAUUGACUUCAAGCGCGGUUUAGACAACGCACUUAUAUCUCUAUCAGCAGAUGAAUCGAACGCGAUUAGCAAUAUCUUCCGCUCGCCCAAGCGAGCUUGCUGUGUACUUUAUCGGGAUUUCUGUCGAGCGCUUGACGAGAUCUUCAUUGAAAUCGAAACCUCAAUGGGUGACAAAGAGGUUACCGCUGUGCCACUUAUACACUUGGCCAAUCUAGAUUGCUUCGAUUGCUUCCUCAAUUUCGAAGAGCGCACACUCUGCUCGCAAGCACUCAUGAAGUUGGCGCGCAAGCCAGACGAAAUAUCCAAUUUGAAACAAGUCUUCCAGGACUUUGAUCGUGAAAACUGCGGCACAAUAACACGAAAUCAACUGCUUCGUGCGCUAACUGUGCGCGAAAUGCACAACAUUGUGAGCAGUCGUGAGCUGGAUGCAGUCUAUAAAUGCUUUGGCCUACAACGCGGUCUGCGCUUGGAAUUCAAAUACCGCGAAUUCUUAAAUAUGCUGGACAUUCUAUUCCAAACGGGCCAGGUGAAGCGCAACUAUUAAGAAAUUGGAUACAAAGCAAAAAUUGGGAAGUCCGUAGAUGUGUGCGUCCCCAGUCUCAUGUGGUUGUUGUUAUGUGCGCUUAGCCGAAUGCUU